AUGUGUCAAGGACAUGUCAAGGAUGUGUCCAAGCUUGCUAAGGGCAACAUGCUGCUUGCGCUAUUGGUGAACAACCAAUCAAGGCUGAACUUGAUUCCGACAUAUAUGUACAAUCCUGCUGUUGCUCUUCGUGACACUAUGAUCGAGCUUGAGGUUGCAAUAGAAGGUGGAAAGGACAGCUUGUCAAUGGCUGCUCAAGCAGGUGGUGAAACUGUCAAGGUGAACGAUGCAUUGAUCGCUGCCGUUAAGAAACUCAAUGGUGGAGAUCCUCGCCAAGAUGACACGUCAAUCAGGCCCAUGAUAUCUGAGUCUUCAGCAGCUACAGUGGAGAAGAGUGUGAACGAGGCAGUGAAGGCAGGCACCAAACUUUUAGUUGGUGGUAAGCAAAGGGGAGCUUUCAUGGAGCCAAUGAUCCUGGAAGAUGCUCCCUUUGACACGGACACAAGGAAGGAAGAGAUUUUCAGUCCCGUGAUCCUUCUCUACUCAUACAAUGAUUUCAAGGAAGCCGUGAUGGAAGCUAACAGCACGCAUUACGGACUCCAAGCCGGCAUCUUUAUGCUGGAGGAGUUUGCCUCAACAAUUCGCCAAGCAUGUGCGUUGAUAGCCAGUCAUACAGUGGGAUCAAAGACUCUGGAAUCCAACGAGAGGGUGUCAAGUACGUGA